AUGGGAAGUAAAGGUCAAACGAUCCGACUGGACUCCCCACGACAACUCUCUUCUAUGCGAUCAGUUGUUGCACAAGAAACUAUACAACCCAGUGUAGCUACCCAAAAUAUGAAAUAUGGUAUAAGACAAUUAAACAGUAGAGGUCCUAAUCCCUCAGUUAAAUAUUUGCAUAUAGGCAGACAAAAAUUAAAAGUACGAGGUAGAAAUGGAGUACAAAAUGAUCCUCUCAUCCGAUUAAGAUAUAAUGUACCAACACUAUCAACUAGCAUUGAACGAGUAAACCACAGCAGUGAAUCCUCAGCUAAUUCAGAUUCUGAUGUAGAUGAAAACUUACUGUUUGGAGAUGCCCAAGAAAAUAUCAGUGAAACAACAGAUUAUCAACCAGUGGAAAUGGAGAAUGGUUCAUGCUGA